AUGAGGUCCUUCAGCUCCAUUGCCUGUGCCCUCCCUCUGCUCGCCUCUUUGGCGACUGCAGCCCCUGCCGUGCUCAAGGGCUUUGAGAAGCGGGAUCCCGCUGCUGUUCCCGAUGGUGGUGUCGACGCUCGCCCCAACGCCAGCGCUCCCAUCUACCACACUGACAGUGACUUCGAUUUCCAGUCACUCAACUUGGCUUUGAACCAGGAGUGGAUCGAGCUUGACCUCUUCCGAUACGGCGUCGAGCGUUUCUCCGAGGAAGAAUUCGCCGCCGCCGGCAUCGACGCCGAAGACAUCUCCCUCAUCAACUUUAUGGCCGACCAAGAAGUCGGCCACGCCACCCUCCUCACCAACAUCCUCUCCUCCAACGGGCGCACCCCCGCCAAGCAGUGCACCUACCAAUACGAUUUUGAAACUGUCCGGGACUUUGUCAACUUUUGUCAGAGAUUGACGAGGUGGGGUGAGAGUGGUGUUUAUGGCUUUUUGCCGCACCUCGACUCGCGGCCCUCGGCGCAGCUCUUGUUGCAGUCCAUCACUACUGAGGCGAGGCAGCAGAUGAUCUUUAGGCAGUUCUCGGGUGCGCACCCCAUGCCAGUGUACUUUGAGACUGGUAUUUCCCAGUCUAUGGCUUGGUCUUUGCUCCAGCCUUACCUCGCUACUUGUCCCGCCGAGAACCCUCGCAUUGAAUGGCAAAUCUACCCCAACCUCAACGUCGUGAACGAAACCAGCCUUCUCGUCGACGGCUACAACGCCGCCAUCACCCACAACCGCACCUCCCUCACCUCCCCCGGCCAGCAAAUUCACUUUACCUGGGACGCUCCGGGGCAAAACACUUCUUGGAACUCUUCUUACUCUACUUCCAUUGGUGGUAACGUCACUGAUACCACUCCCAAGUACGUCGCUUGGGUCAGCCAGCUCAACACCACCUACACCGAGUUCAACUCCACUGGCAACUACUCUGGCUACACUUACCAGCCCGACGGCGUCGUAUUCGACAAUACCUCUGACGGUGUCGUGAACGGCACCAUGUUUGUUGGUUUGACCGACUCGAACCCUUAUGUUACGCCUUACAACUUGUCCUUGCUCAAUGAUGUUAUCAUUGCUUGGGGCGAGUACCAGGCUAACUGA